AUGGCGGGCAUUUCUCGCGCUGCAUUGCCCUCGCAGCUUCUUUCUCUCGUACGACACAAUGCACCCUUGUCCCGCCGCAUUCACUCGUCCCCCUUGAGGGCCGCAGUCGCUCAUCCCGUUACUGCCCAUGGUCCCCCGCCCAAAGCUCCCGCGCCAUCGCCGGAUUUCCAGCAGAGUACCGAGCAGAUGAAAGAUGCGAGUUCGAUAUCGACAAGCUCAACGCAGUCUGAACCUUCAAGGGCCACUGUGUCACUGAAAAAGCGGUUUUGGAAGGAUGUCCACGUCCAAGGAAAGCAAGGCGAGUACCAGGUCCUUCUUGAUAAGCGACCCGUCAGGACACCCACUAAGGAAGUACUCACCAUCGCUCACACAAAGCCUCACCUGGCGCAUGCGGUCGCCCUGGAAUGGGAAGUGAUGACCUCUGCUCAACAGGCGUUGAAGAGUCAUUUGAUUCCCUUGACUUCCCUCGCGGCGCGUGCGGCCGAUAUUGUUCGGGAGGAUGCAGAGGGCGUUACCACUACCCGCGACCAGAUCAUCACGACUGCCAUGCGCUAUUUGGACACCGACACUCUGCUUUGCUGGGAACCCGCACGGACGACUCGUCCGCUGGAGCGCGUGGAUGGUGAAGGUAAGACCGAGAGCCUCAGAGAAAUCCAGAUGAAGGUUGCUCAGGACAUCAUGAGCUUCCUGUCUAUGAAGGUUUGGCCCGGUCUUGAGAUCGUGCCCAUUCUCGACGCCGAGAGCAUCCUGCCCGUCUCGCAGCCGCAGGCCACCAAGGAUAGCAUCCGGACCUGGGUGUCGGAGCUGGCUCCUUAUGAUCUGGCCGGUCUGGAGCGAGGCAUUCUGGCCUCCAAGAGUCUCCUUGUUGCAGUGCGCUUGGUGACGGAAUGGAGCGAAAACUUCCGUCACCUCCAAAGCCACCAGACUAAGAAGUUUGGUCUUGAAGACGCGGCCGAAGCUUCGAGUCUGGAGGUGAAGUGGCAGACGGACAUGUGGGGUGAAGUGGAGGAUACCCACGACGUUGACAAGGAGGACCUGAAGCGACAACUGGGAAGCGUUGUCAUUCUGAAACUGUAUAUCAUCAAGAUUAGAGUCCCGUUUACACGAAUUGGGCAGAGUAAACAGUCAGCCACUGCCAAGGCGGAGUGA